CGUUCGGAAGUUCUUCCUGGCAGCAGGCGGCCAUCUUGCUGGAGCUUGAGAGAGGAGAGAAGGGUGACACUGGUUUCAGGGCCGCCCCGGGAGCCUCAAGAGCGGGAGGCAGCCCCGGAGGCUCCCGCGGGCGGACGCGCCGGAAGAGGAGGCCGGGGAAUGGCUGCGGUGUGGCAGCAGGUCUUAGCAGUAGACGCGAGGUACAAUGCGUACCGCACACCAACGUUUCCACAGUUUCGGACACAAUAUAUCCGACGGCGCAGCCAGCUACUGCGGGAGAAUGCCAAGGCUGGGCACCCUCCAGCAUUGCGUCGGCAGUACCUGAGGCUGCGUGGGCAGCUGCUGGGCCAGCGCUACGGGCCCCUCUCUGAGCCAGGCAGUGCUCGUGCCUAUAGCAACAGCAUCGUCCGCAGCAGCCGCACUACCCUUGACCGCAUGGAGGACUUCGAGGAUGACCCUCGGGCCCUGGGGGCCCGUGGGCACCGCCGCUCUGUCAGCCGAGGCUCCUACCAGCUGCAGGCACAGAUGAACCGUGCCGUCUAUGAGGACAGGCCCCCCGGCAGCGUGGUUCCCACGUCAGCGGCAGAAGCAAGUCGAGCCAUGGCCGGGGACACGUCGCUGAGUGAGAACUACGCCUUUGCGGGCAUGUACCAUGUUUUUGACCAGCACGUGGAUGAGGCAGUCCCCAGGGUGCGCUUCGCCAAUGACGACCGGCACCGCCUGGCCUGCUGCUCACUCGAUGGCAGCAUUUCGCUGUGCCAGCUGGUGCCCGCCCCGCCCACCGUGCUCCGAGUACUGCGGGGCCACACCCGCGGGGUCUCCGACUUCGCCUGGUCCCUCUCCAACGACAUCCUCGUGUCCACCUCGCUUGAUGCCACCAUGCGCAUCUGGGCCUCUGAGGACGGCCGCUGCAUCCGGGAGAUCCCUGACCCAGACAGCGCCGAACUGCUCUGCUGCACCUUCCAGCCAGUCAACAACAACCUCACUGUGGUGGGGAAUGCCAAGCACAACGUGCACGUCAUGAACAUCUCCACGGGCAAGAAAGUGAAGGGUGGAUCCAGCAAGCUGACAGGCCGUGUCCUCGCUCUGUCCUUUGAUGCCCCUGGCCGGCUGCUCUGGGCGGGUGAUGACCGCGGCAGUGUUUUCUCCUUCCUCUUCGACAUGGCCACAGGGAAGCUGACCAAAGCCAAGCGUCUGGUGGUGCAUGAGGGCAGCCCCGUGACCAGCAUCUCCGCCCGCUCCUGGGUCAGCCGCGAGGCCCGGGACCCCUCGCUGCUCAUAAAUGCUUGCCUCAACAAGCUGCUGCUCUACAGGGUGGUGGACAACGAGGGGACCCUGCAGCUGAAGAGAAGCUUCCCCAUUGAGCAGAGCUCGCACCCCGUACGCAGCAUUUUCUGCCCCCUCAUGUCCUUCCGCCAGGGGGCCUGUGUGGUGACGGGCAGCGAGGACAUGUGCGUGCAUUUCUUUGACGUGGAGCGGGCAGCCAAGGCCGCCGUCAACAAGCUGCAGGGCCACAGCGCGCCCGUGCUGGAUGUCAGCUUCAACUGCGAUGAGAGCCUGCUGGCUUCCAGCGACGCUAGCGGCAUGGUCAUCGUCUGGAGGCGGGAGCAGAAGUAGGAGACUUCCAUCCUUGCCACCGUCCACCUUCCCACCUGCCUCCGGCCCCAGCCUUGUGUUUGUAAAUAAAGUUCCUGUGGUUGUGCCGA